CUGCACUUACUCAGUCUAGCGGCCUAGCAGCAAAGUUUGUCAUCCACUGUCACAUCCCACAGUGGGGCUCAGACAAGUGUGAAGAGCAGCUUGAAGAGACUAUCAAGAACUGUUUAACAGCCGCAGAAGACAAGAAGUUGAAGUCCGUGGCUUUUCCCCCGUUUCCCAGUGGCAGAAACUGCUUCCCAAAACAGACGGCAGCCCAGGUGACUCUAAGAGCUAUCUCUACCCAUUUUGACGGCACCAGCUCUUCCUCCCUGAAGAACAUUUACUUUCUGCUCUUCGACAGUGAAAGUAUUGGCAUCUAUGUGCAAGAAAUGGCCAAGCUAGACACUAAGUAGCAACAGCAGCCAAAUGAAACUUUAUUUUUCAACAAACUUGAGUAGCAUUAAAAGCAUUAGAGGUGGGUUUUAUUUUUUCAAUGUGAUGAGGGGGAGUGGUAGUAGUGUGAUGUGUUGUGACUUAAUGGAGAGCUGUGACUAGAGAUGAGAAGGGUUUAGUCCGAUUUCUUCAUGCUAUCAGCAUCCCCUAGCCAUUUAUAUCACCUUAAGCAAUUGAGUUACUGUCUACUUUUCAGGAGUUUUAGUGUCCCUUGCUAUUUUAGUUUAGAAGUUUUUAAAAGAGUAACCUCAUUUUAGAUUUGUAGUGAUAAAUUUUUCACACACACACACACACACACACACUCUCUUUAAAGAAAGCUCUUAAAAAUAUUCUGCUCCUUUUUCCCCUCCCUUGAGGGUAGGUGGUAAACUUCUGCCUCCAGCCCCAAGCGAGGGGAAAAGGAUUUUAGAAGUGAUGCAUGAGGAGCGUGUUUUGCUUUUAACUCACAAUAAUCUCUGUAAUUACUGAGAAUAUUUCAUGGUGACUUUCUUUGUUUUAUAAGAAAAAAAGAAAAA